GGGCACUUGAGAAGAAUUUACACACUUGCAUGAAGGCGGUGCAGUGCCCCAUUUGCUAUGACCCAUGCUACGAUCCGGUGCAAACGCGCUGCGGGCACAAAUAUUGCCGUCCGUGCCUCUCUCAGUGGACUGCGGAAGGCCAUACGUCGUGUCCAACUUGCCGAGGGUUCAUCACACCGCCCAAGACCGAUCCUGAACUGGCGUCGCCAUCGUUGGGUCGAUAUGUUGCCAUCCACUUCCUCCUCGGUCUGCAUUGGUUGAACCCAUACGGCAUUGGACUGUGGUAUUACGGCGGUUGUCACGGAUUUGGACUGUUGGCGUUGCUCCCGCUAAUGUGUUGGAGUGGCCGGUUCGAUGACGUGAUUUCGACGUGGUGGGACCUCGUCGUCCAUGCACUGAUCAUUCUCGUCACAGCAAGCAUCGCGAUUCAAUUGUUGUGGAGUCUGGGCUUGUAUUACACCCUCGAUUGGAUAGCAGUUUCGUUCUGCGUGUGCUUCCUAGCGCAAGUGAUCUGGCAUCGACUGGUGUGCCCCAUCCGCUACAACCCCUUCGAACAGUACGGACAUACGAAAGCCGUGCAGAUUAGGCCGCGGGUCUCCCAGCGCGGGUAGUAAAUGUUACAUUAAUAUCUCUUCAUUGUCAAUCAUUAUCAAACUACGU